AAAGGGCCCACCUUUCUGUUGUGGGAAGCUCCCUGAGGUCGCACGUGCGUCCGAGCCCAAGCCCCUCCCCUCCACUCCCCUCCCCGCUUGCCCUGGAGCCGCCAAGCGGCUGGCUGCUUCUCGGCCCGCCUAGAUAGCGCUCGACCCCACAGACCAGCAUCUCAGACAUAUGGAAAAAGAUAUUUUGAUCCCUAAAAUAAUGAGAGAAAAGGCCAAAGAGAGGUGUUCUGAACAAGUUCAAGAUUUUACCAAAUGUUGCAAGAACUCUGGAGUUCUUAUGGUAGUAAAAUGCCGGAAAGAAAACUCUGCAUUGAAAGAAUGUCUAACUGCUUACUAUAACGAUCCAGCCUUUCAUGAAGAAUGCAAAAUGGAAUACCUGAAGGAAAGGGAAGAAGUCAGAAAAACUGGAAUUCCUGCAAAGAAAAGGCUACAGAAGCUUCCAACAAGCAUGUAGGCAGAUACUCAAAUGACAUUCAGGAACUCUAAUAUUCAUGGAAGUCAUUUUCUAGUAUAUAUCACCUUAAAUAAUGAACUCAAGCAUGUAUGUUUGCUUUAAUUACGGAAAUACUGAAAUAAAUAUUUUAUUUCAAAAAAGAAAAAAGAA